AAGACGCCAUCAAUAUAUAUAAGCGUAAAAAUAACAACACCCAAGCUCCCUCGAUAGAAUUAAUCUCAAAAUUGAUCGAAGAAACCUUGAAAUUAGCUCUCCCUCUCUCUGUCGCUGUCGCUCUCACCCAUGGCUUACGUCGAACGAGGUGUUGUGAAAUCCCAGCGAUCAAUAUGGCGACUAAGAACAAUCACGGACUUCUUCUGGGCUAUUGUGAAUAUCAUAGGCGUGUUCUUUUCUACUAUGUUCUCGAUGGAAAAGACAGAUGCGUACAGAAAAGGAUCUGGUUCUAGCAAGAAAUGGGAUGGUGGCCCAGGAGGUCCUGGGAGUGGACCGUAUGGUGGUGGCCCACGUGGCCCACCCCGGGGGCUGGACAAUGUUAGAGGGAUUGACCAUAGUUCCUUGCCUGCCUGUGGCUCAUGCUGUGGCUAAUGUGUUGAGGAGGUAUCUCUAGCUCAUUUGCAGUUGGAAAUGAAACGUGAUUUGUGUCAAUAGAAAUUCUAAGAUCUUUGCCUUGUUAAUAGUUCUUAAAUGUUAUCGUUCUUGCUGCAGCUUUAUGUAAACAAUUUGUAACAAACUGAUGAGAUAUUUCAGAGUUUCUAAAUAUGAAGCAAUAAUUGUGUGCUUUGGAGGCAA